AUGUUCGACAGCAGCAGCCCUCCUCAAGGAAGCUGUCCCAUCUGCUGUUCUCUCAGUCUCAAGCAGAUUGAGAUCAUCAAGGCCACUGCUGACGUCUCCCAUCCAGUUAUUCUCUUGUCGGCCGGUGUCAGCGUUACGCCCCUGGUAUUCAUCCUCAACACCAUCAUCAGCUCCGCAUCAAUCCAUCGCAGGAUCCACUUCAUUCAUGGAUCCCACAGCGGCCAGGCCCGCGCCUUCACAGUCCAGGUCCAGGCGCUAGAGAAGAAGUUCCCAACCUGCAGGCGACAUUCGCUAAACCCGCUGACUAGAGGAUACCCGGACUAG